AUGGGCUUUGAGGUCCAAAGAGAGAGUGGGAGAUUGAAAUCUGCAACUGGAGAAAAGGAAAUAGUAGUAGACAGAAGGUUCUUGGUCACAGAAAGAUUAAGGGAUGGUUGGGAUGAAGUAGAAACUCGGAAUUUUCUUUCCAUGGAGCAAUUGGUGGAAGCUUAUGAACCCAAACAAAUAUAUCAGGACAACAACAAGAAGCCAUUGAAAGCUAAAUCGCAGAGGAUUAACACAAAAUGGGUGUUUAUUACCAAGGCUGGAAUAAUUAUGGGACCAUCUGUGCUGGGUAUGAACAAGACAUACAUGGAGAAAAUAUUUCCAGACAAAGAGAUGGUGGUGUACAAUACAAUGGCGAAGAUUGGGAUAGGAUACUUCAUUUUUAUUACUGCUGUAAAGAUGGAUGCAGCUAGGUCUCUAAUAGCAACAAGAACUACUAGGCUUAUCAGUUCAUUAUGCUUCUUUAUGCGAAUUGCACUCACUGGAAUUUUCGCCUCUGGUGUUCAGCAGUACACAAAAGGAAUUGUUCCAGGAACAGGGACAGCCGUUGUGACUGAUGCUUUGUCAAUAACAUUUUUUGCUGUUACUGCGGAAGCCAUGAAAGAUCACGACCUUUUAACUUCUGAAUUAGGCCAACUUGCCAUGUCUUGUGCUAUGCUUGUCGAAAUGACAUGCUGGGUUCUUAUUGUUUCUACUACCCUUAUUUUUCAGCUCAGCUUUUUUGAUUCAAUUAGGGUUGUUCUUGUCAUAGUUGUGCUGUCACUCAUCGGCAUAUAUAUUAUAAGGCCAGCAAUACUACAAUUUAUCAAGAAAACACCAGAAGGAACUCCAAUAAGUGAAAAUCUUGUCAUAGCAAUAUUUGUAGGAGCUUCAGUCAUGGGAGUCAUAGCUGAUGCAGCUUGUGGAUCUCUAUUUCCUGGGGUUUUAGUUAUGGGGUUGGUUAUUCCAGAUGGCCCUCCUCUAGGUGCAGCUAUUGUAGAGAAAUCUGAACUCAUGGUCAUGGAGUUAUUUAUGCCUGCCUUCUUUGUUGUUAUUGGUCACAGGGUAGAUGUGUCUUCUCUAUUCCCCAUCAAGGAUAAUGAAUUUUAUCUCUUGCUGAUUCUUGUUCUUGUAAGUCAUAUAGCCACCAUUUUGGGGACUCUCUUUGCCUCUCUAUUUUGUCGCAUUAAAUUACGAAAUGCUAUCUUGCUCAGCAUGAUCUUGAAUUUCAAAGGUGUACUUGACUUUGCAUCUUAUGACAAAUGGCAUGGAAAUGAGCUUUAUAACAGGAAGGUUUAUACUACACUAGUGCUUGCCAACCUUUUCUUGACCAUAAUCUACAACAUUUUAUUGGAUAUUUUCUAUAAGCCUCAUAUCAGGCUAACUGAAUCUCCUCCUGAACCAAAAGGCUUCAGAAGCCUUCAAUCAAUCUCAGAUACUAGAGAAUUUCGUGUUCUUACUUGUAUUCACUCAGAAGAUAAUGUCCACACCAUUAUUAGCUUACUUGAAGCAUGCAAUCCCUCUCCACUUAGCCCCAUGUUCGUCGACGUGAUUCAUGCCAUUGAGCUUGUCGGCCGAGCAGCUCCAUUGCUAGCCCCUUACAAAAGCAAGAAGAAAGAGCAACUUAAUUGCACAGAUCAUAUCAUGUCUGCCUUCACGAAUUACUCAACAAACUCUCGAGGUCCUGUCUUAGUACGACCAUUCACUAUGCUUGCCCCAUACACGACUAUGCACAACAUCAUUUGCAACCAGGUGCAAGAUAAAGAGAUUCCUCUCAUCAUCGUUCCAUUCCAGGGAAAUAGAGAUGAUAAUUCCAUACAAAGCAAUCUAGUCAGGGAUUUCAAUGCUCAGCUUCAGAACAAUGCACGUUGCACUGUUGGGAUCUUGGUAGAUAGAGGAUUCAUCCAUCAAAACUUUAAUCACUUCUCUUGCAAUAUCGUUGUAAUUUUUGUGGGAGGUGCUGAUGAUCGUGAGGCCUUGGCUCUUGCAUCUAGGAUGUCAAGAAAUCCUGAUGUGAGCAUCACCUUGUUGAGAAUCAAUGUGAAAAGAAACGAAGCAGAAAUGAAUGGAAAAGAUAAGCAACUAGAUGAUUCAUUGGUCCAAGAUUUCAAGGACAAGAAUUCUAACAAUGCAUGUGUUGUUUGCCGUGAGGUGGUAGCAAAUGACAGUUUACAAUUGUUGGCUGUGAUUCGAUCUCUAAAGAAUUAUUACGACCUUGUUAUGGUAGGAAAGAUGCCAAUCAAAGCACAAUUUGUGGAAGAAAUGAAGGGAUGGAUCGAGCGUCCAGAGCUAGGUUUGAUAGGCGAUGUUCUUGCUUCAUCAGACAUUUCUAAUGGAAAGAUGUCAGUGCUAGUGAUGCAACAUUUUGCAGAAUUUGGUGAACAUUCUAACCAUUGCAUAUCUUCGACCACUUCAUUAUCACGGGAAACCAAGUAG